AUGGAUUGUGAGGAUAUUGAUUUUAAUCGAACAGAACAGAUUACCUCUUGGUUAACGAAUAAUGAACAACAUGAAUAUCAAUCGAAAACAUUACCAGAUAAAAAUAAUGGACGAUUUGCUUAUUUACCAUUAUUUCCAACAAAAUCGGUCGGUAUAGAUGAUUGUUUACUUUUGGCUAAUGUACUAGUGACUCGUCUUUUACCUCAUGAAAUUACUCGUCGACAACAUAGAGCAUACACCGCAGAUGCACUCAUACUGACAUGUACCACAUUGAAUAUAGUCUAUGCUAUGACAUGUCCAUGUGGCUAUUAUGAUUAUAUUAAUUCAACAGCAAAAACAUUGACUGAUGCAAUGGCAUAUCAUCGGAAACAUGGCAAUCGUAUUAUCCAUGAAAAAUUAACGGGUAGUGCACUCUUUCGAGAUUCAUUACUCGAUCCAGAGGAACAAGAAAAAGAUAUGGCUAAUAAGAUGCGUCUCUAUCAACAUUCAGCUCGAUGUCCAGUAGCACUUCGUGCAUUUCUAGAUUGCAAUCCAAUCUAUUGGUGUUUUAUUCCUCUAUAUUGGAAAGAUGCACUAUCAGACAAUACGACUUAUUACCGAGGACAUACUGUGAGAGAUCCUAUAUUGGCAAAUGUAAUGGCCACAACUGCUAUACAUAGUCAUCGCUUGGCUCAAUAUCUCGAUCGUGUACCUUUACCACCAGCUGGCUAUAUCUUUUCAUAUCGACAACUACAAAAACAGCGUAUAUUUUUCGAACGUUUUGUCGAUUCUUCUAUUCACGAAUUACCCUAUGCUGUAUUGGAUUUAUAUAAAAUGGCGAUUAUUGCGAUUCUACCUGAUGAUCAUUCUAUUCAAUUACGUUAUAUUAUUGAAACAUUGUUUAUUAUACAUGAUGAAACUAAAUUAAAUAUGAUUUGUCCAAUUGGUAGCGAUGUUGAGCGACGUUAUGGUCCUCCAUACAAUUCUGUUUGGUGUGCUAAUUUGAAUUAUUCAUCGAUAUGA